AGGCUCGGUUCAGGGCGGCUAGUUAAAACAGUAAUGAAAAAGUAAUUUGAUUAUUUUUACUUAUUUGAUAAGCAUGUUGCUAGUUAGCGUUUAUCAGCUACCGGCCGUCGUUUUUAAUUUAACAUUUCAGAGUAAAUGAAGAUGAAUUAGCGAUUAUCUCAUUUGAUUUUUGUUUUUACAGAACAUUUGAAGAACUAGCUUGAUUAGGAGAAUGACAAAAAAAAGAAAUCGUACCACAACAAGUAAGGCUGAAAUGUCUACAAUUUAACUGACAUUUACAGUGUCAGGGUUUUGAAUUAAAAUCAUGAAUUCAUAUUGUGAAUACAUCGUUUUUUUCUAACUGUAAUUUUUACCCGGUGUCACAUCAAACCAGCCUAGGUCACUCAGGCCGCGAAAGAGAACAUGCUAUGGUGAUGCGUUAGGAAAGAGUACCCCCUCUGGAGAAGCAAUGGAAGCAAAGCCCUUAAAGCUACAAAAGAAGGACACUGUAGGAACAGUGCUGACAACUGCCUCACCUGAAAAUCCACACACCCCUCCCCUGGACUGUACCAGUGGUCCACUUCAGCAGACUCUCUCAGCGGGUGAUACCACUGUAUCGAAGCAAGAGGGCGGGGAGGGUGCUCAUAGGUUGAUGGAGUCCUCCGUUAAAGGUGACAAGGUUGUGUUAGAAAAGGUAUCGACGCUGAGGUUCCUCAGUCCCGCCCUGGACCCACCACCAACUGUAGCCAACCCUCACCCCUACACCCCGCCCUCCCUAACGUCUCAGGGGGUCAAAGCCGGGCAUCCCCGGCCCUCCCUGCCGACCUCCGAAGGGGUCAAAUUUGGGGAAUGGGAUGGUCAAACGACCAGUGCAGAAGAUCACUGUGGAGAGAAGAACACGGAGCCUAAAAUGGAGGAGAGACACUGCGAACAGCCGGAGGCCGCGGAUGAGAGAGACGGGAGACAGAAUCCACCAGUGAAAGACAGAUCCAGGGAACCACAGACGAAGAGGAGGAAGAGGAUGGGGAUGUGUGGGCUAGGAGAGAGGGAGAGGAGAUGUGGAGUGGAGGAGGAGUGGCUGCAGGAAAGAAAGACUUUGAAAGAAAAUGGGAUGGUAAUGAGGAGAGCAGAAGAGGAGGAGAUGGAGGAGGACGAGGGGCAAAGUGGCGACGGCAGUGGGGCCGGCCUUGUGGCCGUGGAGGGAACUGCAUCGAGAGCCGCGUCAUCCUCUGACCUCGCCCUCCUUUCAUCCCUCCCUCCCUCCGACCCCACAGGGGUUAACACUGAGCAGAAGGAGGGUGAGGAGGAGAAGGAGGAAGAGGAGCCCCGGCGGUCUGGCGACGAGGCCGGUCGUUUAAGCCCCGGCCGUGUGUCUGUUUCUGGGCCAGACCCGGUCGCGGAGGUCCUGGAGGUGGGACCACAGCAGCCUGUGAUGCUGGGUGACGAGGAGCUCGGCAUGAUGGGGGUUGUGGAGGACAACCAGGAGGGAGACAGGAGGGGAUAUAGUGCUACUGAUCCUCCGUCCUUCUCCAGCGGCCCUCCACCCACCCCUCUGGAGGAAGAGUCCGCGGUAGAAGUCUGGAACCUACCUAACCGGAGAGAGACGGGGUCAGAGGUCGGGGUUCAUUCCCUGGCUCGGUCAGAGGUCGGGGUUCAUUCCCCGGCUCCCAUUCUGCCUGAGGGCCGUGUCCAUAGAGCUGACAGCACCCAGGCAGAGUCAGAACACAAGGACUCCUCAGACCAACCUCUGCCCACAAAGCCGGAUCCUGGAGCGGCCCUGGGUAACCCCAGGGGGCCUGGUGACGCUGCACUGACCCCUGGUGGCCAGGAGGAGUAUAUCCAAUCAGUCCCGGUGGUUCUGUCCAGAGUGGACCAUGAAGAUGCUGUCCAUCCGCAUGGGGAAGAGGCCCGGGACUACAUAUCUGACUCUCAGCUCAACACCAUUACUCUGCUUGAGGAUGAGGAUGGACACGAAGAGGGAGAGCAUGAAGACGCCUCAGAACUGGUCUGUGGCCUGAUCAGAGAACUCUCCUCUCUAAACCGGCUCGUGAUGGCUACGGAUCGGGAGCUGGAGACUUUUCGCCGUGGAAAGAAGACCGCAAGGACCCCGACACAUCGUGUGUUCCCCCCACGACGGACUGAGAUCUAGGAUGCCCCAUUUUAGACGUGGCUUUAAUCGUCACAACGUCCCCGAAGGCUAACAAAGCCCGCACACAGUGGAAGUUAAUUUGAGACUUAUAGAUGAAAAUCAGUUUAUUAAAAACAGCGAUCCUUAUUGUCAACACAUUGAAACGCAACUUUCAUUUCUGUUAAGGGAUAUGGACGUAACCUUGUAAUUAUGCCAGUUUUACCGAUGCAUUUCUGUUGCCGUUUUAUUCCCUUGUUCCCCUAAUGCCGAGGACUUGUUAUAGUGACAUGUGAACUUUCUAAUAAAUCAAGCUUUCCCGUUUAAAUAAAAACUGAAUAUUGA